GUGACUCGAUUUCCCGCCCAUUAUUCAUUUUCAAAUUCCAAACACGCUUUUCUCUCAUUCCUCUCCAAUGGAUCGUCGCCGGCGACUGGAGUGGCCGGAGCCCGAGGCCUCCUCUUCCUCUCCUCCGAACACCUCACCCUUCCUCCGUGACCUCUCCAACUACAUGACCCCCAGAACUCAUUUCCCAAGCCCUAACCCCAUUCCCAGUCCCAUCUUCUUCACUGCAUCCAAGAACACGCCCUCCUCCACCUUCGCCACCUCCUCUAGCCGACGCAGGCCCUUCUCCUCUGCCUCACGCUCCAAUACUGCUGCUGCUCGCCGUCUGAAAGCCCUUGAGCUUGAUCAGUCCCGCUCUGCCAGGAAAGCCCAGACUCAACGCGAGAAGAGUGUCAAAUCCUUGUCCAGAUCCAUCUCCGCUUGGCUCAACUUCUUGUUCCGAAAUCCGCAGUCUUGCGGUUCCAAUCUUAAUCCUGAUGGCUGCUCUGGAAGCCAGAAUUUGGGGUUUACUCCCAAUCGGAAGCGAGAGAACUUGGAUAGAGGGUUUGAGGGGAUGGAGAUUGGACGGAGGAGAUGGCGGAGUCCUAAACGCCAGAGGAGCUGUGAUGACGUUGCCAGGGUUUCAGUGUUGCCAACCCCCCGGAGAUUCCUGGCCCUUGAGAAAUCAUUGCGUGAUGUGUGCAGCUUUCAAGAUACGGAAGAGCGGAUGCUGGGGUAUAUGAGUGAGAGGAGUUGCGACGAGGUGUUCUCCAUGAUGAGCCACGUUUGCAAGAAUAUAGAUGAAGGAAGAUUGAAAAUGAAAUCACACUGCCCCAUAGUAACUGAUCUAGGGCUUAAAAAGAAGGCAACUGAUGUUCUCAUGUGCUAUAACCCAGUCUGGCUUCAAAUUGGAUUGCAUAUUGUUUUUGGCGGUGAUUCAUUGUUGUUCAAUGGAGGAGAGAGAUCAGAACAGCAUGACCUGUUUUUGAAGAUGAUCAUUGAAAAGCAAUUCUUUUCACAUCUUGGUGUUGCUAAACAUUAUUCUUAUAAUAAGUUGAUUGGGAGCCUAUACAGACCGGGUUACUUUGAAGCCUUGGGGAGUGUUAUAUUAAAGAGGUUCUUAUUGCUUGUUAUCUCAUUGGAUAGAGCAAAAUGUGAGAGCACUCUUCCACUAAAAUAUGGAAUUGAUGGCAUAGAUGGUGGUUCUCCUCUAUUAUUUGGCCGUCAUUCUCAUAUUAAGUCAAGUCAGCAGAUUAUUAAAGAGUUUUUACAUGAAGCGAUGCAUGGAGAAGGUGACCUCCUGGCCCAUCUUGCAAUUGUAGGAUGCAAAGUGAAACAUCAGCAGUCUCCACUUUCAGAGUAUGACUUCACCGUGACAAAUUUAUUUGAAGAUAUUCAAGAUGGGAUACUGCUUUGCAGAGCCAUUCAACUGUUGAAAUGUGAUGCAUCUAUUCUUUCUAAACUGGUGGUUCCCUCGGACACUUCCAAGAAAAAAUUGCAUAAUUGCAAUAUAGCCAUGACAUAUCUUAAGCAGGCUGACGUUCCAUUAGUGGACACAGAUGGAGUUGUGGUCGUAGCAGAAGAUGUUGCCAGUGGAGAUAAAGAGCUCACACUAUCCAUUCUAUGGAAUAUCUUUGUUCACCUACAGGUUCCUAUGUUAGUUCACAGGUCAUCAUUGACUGAAGAAAUAUCUAAGAUAAAAGGGAUUGAUUUGAGGGGUUCAAACUUUGAAAGGGAUACUGGCUUCUGCUUGCUUCUUGAGUGGAUUCAGGCAGUUUGUGAAGAAUAUAAUGUCAAGAUUGAUAAUCUUUCUUCUCUGAACGAUGGAAAAGCCCUGCGCUGCUUGGUUGAUUAUUAUUUUAAGAUACUGUUGAAUGGGUAUCAUCACUUAAAGCCACUCGUUAUCCAGGGGGAUCAGGAUGAACAUCUCAAACCAUUGUUCAAUCUUUUGGAUUCUGAUAACAAUUCUGCUGUGCAUAAUUUUCUUUUGGUCCAACAGGUUGUUAUUAUGUCCGGAAAGUUCCGUGAGGUAUUGCAAGCCAGUGGUAUCCUUGACCAAGAUUCAUUUUUUGAUGAACGCAGUAUGAUAAUACUACUUGUUUUCCUUGCUGCGGAACUGAUCCACCGAAGGAAUUUAAGUCCUGACCUGAAUCUGCUUGGAACUCCCUGCUCGUUGCUUCCUUCUGAUGUUCCUGACCUGAGCUCUAAUAAUGUGCUAGAGUUUGACUCUCCUAGGGAAAAGGAUGGACUGAACCUGACUAAAAGGAAGGAGUGGGCUGCAGUAGUUAUACAAUCUCAAUUUAGGAGAUUCCAUGAACAGAAGAAAUACCUGAAAAUUAAGCGGGCAACAUCUUUACUGCAAAAUGCCAUCAGGGCUUGGUUGGUGGUAAUAUUUAGAAGUUCAUCUCAUGAAUGUGUUUGUUCCUUAAAUCCAUCGCCAGGCGUCCUUGAUGAAUAUCUCAAGUAUCUGAUGGACAGACAAAGAUUUGUUAGAUUGAAAAAAUCCGCUCUACUGAUUCAGCAGGCUAUCAGGGUUUGGAUAAAAAGAAAGCAUCAGAAGAAGAUUCGAGCAUUAGAAAUUACAAAAUCUGCUGACAUUAUCUUGGCGGUUACCUAUGUACAGGCAUACAUCCGUGGAUGGAUUUCGAGAUCCAGAUUUCUUGGUUUAUUGGAAGUUCAGCAUCAAUGUAGAGCUGCCAUUAAGAUACAGGCAGCCUGGAGAAGCUAUAUAGUGCGCGCUUUCUAUUUGCAAAAGAAAUCAGCUGCUGCGAUAAUCCAGAAUCAUUGGCGGGCUUGGUACUUGAGGAGGCAAUUCAUGCGUCACGUUGGCGCAAUAAUACAGAUUCAGGCUUGUAUUCGGUCUGUACUCAACCAGGUUACAUACAAAAGGAACAAGGCCUCAGCAACAGAAAUCCAAAGGUUUAUCAGGGGGCAGAUUGCUCGAAACAAGUUUUCAGGUGCACUAAACACUUUCUCUAGUAGGCAGCAUCAAGAAUCUUAUGAUGUCAUUGAUGAGGAUUCAAUUCAAAACUUGGAGCUGAAGGCACCACCCUUACAUAUAGUUCUGAAACUGCAAAGAUGGUGGAGGCAGAUUUUGUCCCAAAAAUCUCAAUCACAGUCAGCAAUUUUGAUUCAGUCAUACAUCCGUGGUUGGAAUGCCCGGGAAAAAGCCAAGAGACGAUGCUCCAGUAUUUAUAUGAUCCAAGUAUGUUGUGCCUCACCUUCAAAGCGGUGGUGGAGACGAGUUCAAUAUCUGGCAUCAAGGAAAAGAUCAGCGGUUAUUAUUCAAACUCACGUACGUGGUUGGAUUGCUCGUCGAGAGGCUAACAGGAUCAGGCACUGCAUUAUUGUUAUCCAAUCCUAUUGGAAAGGUUAUUUAGUAAGAAAAGCAUCCAAGGCACAGAUCUUGGACCUAUGCUGCAAAUUGAAAAGAUCAGCCGCUAACGUAGAUGAUGAUGACAUGAGGUUGAUUAACAGACUAGUUACCGCACUUUCAGAACUCCUGGGGUAUAAGAGCAUUUCAAAUAUCAGACAUACUUGUGCAACAUUAGACAUGGCCACUGCUCAUUCAGAGAAAUGCUGUGAAACCCUGGUGGCUGCUGGAGCAAUCAACAUUUUACUGAAGCAAUUCCACUCCCUCAAUCGCAGUGUUCCUGACCAGGAAGUUCUAAAGCAUGUGCUUUCUAUUUUGAGGAAUAUUGCCAGCUUUCCACAUCUUGCGGAUCCAUUAAUCAAGACUCCUCAAACUGUUGAGAUUAUCUUCCAAGAGCUACUAAGGAACAAAAGUGAAGGUUUUUUUAUUGCUUCUGAUAUUAUGAAGAAACUGUGUGGAGUGAGAGAAGGCCUGUUGUCUGUAAGCAAGCUGCAGGGUCAUGUUAAGAGGCUGAAAGGUCUAUGUCAGGAUCUGGGAAGGAAAUCCGAGUUGAUGAAAGAGGACUCCUCGCUUGGGUGCUGGAAGAGAAGUUACCUUGCAAAGGCUGAAAGAGGUUCAAAAUCUAUUGCACUUAAUUUAUGGAGAUCAGGUAUAGUUCCAAUGUGUUUGUUUGGUGUUUAUUUGUGUUGUGUUUUGUUUUUUUUAAAUGGAGCAUGACGUAGCUAACAACUAGGAGGAAAAAAGUGAUAUGCCUUGAUGGUGAGUGGUUGUUUGUUUGCAUUUUGUUUAUUAUGCUUGAAAAGAGAGGUUGUCUGUGCAUAGCAAUAUUACCCGGGUCUGUUUUGUGCAGUUUCUGGUUGCCGUAACUCUAAAUUACCCCCAGAUUCCAAUCAAGCUCUCAGCGUUUCUUCACCAACAAAUUUUUUUUGCAAUAUAUAAUUAAU